CAUGACAUGGGUUUGGCCCUGAAAAAUGAAUGAAUACAAGGUGAUAUGAUGAAAGUAUGAAAGUGAGGACACUUGGAGCAGACGGCCCUCAUGGCUGCUCUUACUGAGGCUGAAGAGAGAAAACAACUGAACAAAAAACAAAGAGUAGAGGCUUUUUUCCUUCCUCAGGACUAAUUUUAGGAGCUUGGCUGAUGGUGACGAGACUUUGCUCGACGCCAUGGCGAAGGAAUACGACGUCCUUUUCAGACUGCUGCUGUUAGGAGACUCGGGUGUCGGGAAAACCUGUUUAUUGUGCCGCCUCACGGAUAAUGAGUUUCUCUCGCCGCACAUUUCCACUAUUGGGGUGGAUUUCAAAAUGAAAACCCUUGAAGUCAAUGGAAUGAAAGUGAGAAUACAGAUAUGGGACACAGCUGGACAGGAAAAAUACCAAACUAUUACAAAGCAAUAUUACAGACGAGCACAGGGGAUUUUCUUAGUAUAUGACAUUACCAGCUCCCUCUCCUUCCAAAAUGUAAUAAAGUGGAUCAGUGAUGUUGAUGAGUAUGCACCACACAUAGUGCAGAAGAUCCUUAUUGGGAACAAACAUGAUGAGGAGCACCGAAGACAAGUGACGACCGAGCAGGGGAACAAGCUUGCUAAGUCUUACGGUAUGGAUUUCCUAGAAACAAGCGCCUUUACCAAUUACAACAUCAGUGAGGCAUUCACCCAGAUGACUGAGCUGGUGCUGGAAGCCAACAGGAAGGAUCUGGAUAGUGCAGUGCCAUCCAACAACGAUGAUCUCAGCACUACUGAAACAGAGCAGCAGGAGAGUGAUUAUUCCACCUGCUCAUGUUAGCGUCAGGGGAAGCAUAAACGGCUACAACCGAUGUCAGUAUGGCAGUUAUGAAAACCGUUCCAAUUGGUCUUUUUUAAACAGUAUUUUUAUAAUCCUUUAUUACUCAAUCUGUAAAAUUAGAUUACCUCAUUCAUUUAAAGUCGACAAAAGAACGAAGAGCAAACGUUUGGAAAAUGGACUUCUGGUUGUGUCUCAUUAGGAGGCAGUUGUCUAUGAAUCAUUUAUCACUUCAUCACUACAAAACUGUUUACCUAAUAAAAAAAAAGAUCAAAUUGCUGCCCUGAA